CCCAAGGAGGGGCUGGACGCCCCGGGCGAUGAGGGCGAGCUGGCCCCUAACGACCCCCAGAAGAAACGCGGGAGGAGGAAACUCCUGGAGGCCACAGAGAAAAGCAAGGACGAGAAGGAGGAGAACAACUUCGACACCCUGAAAAUGGAGGGCUCGCGCGGGCGGCUCCGCGGCGGGCUGGGCUGGGAGUCCAGCCUGCGGCAGCGGCCCAUGCAGCGGCACACCUUCCAGGCCGGGGACCCCUACUACAUCAGCAAGAGGAAACGGGACGAGUGGCUGGCGCGCUGGAAGCGCGAGGUGAGCGCUGGCACCGCCCGGCCACGGCACCCUGAGCCCCCACCGCAAUCCCUGGGGCGCGGGUGGGCACACAGGGGGCUCGGGUGGGCACACAGGGGGCUCGGGGGGCGGCAGGGCGGGGGGCCCGGGGUGACACCCGGGGCGCACACAGAGGGGUCCCGGAGCCACCGCACCGUGACACCCCCGGGCCUCGCGGGGACACGGGCUGUCCUGGGGUGCGGGGACCCCGCGCGUGUCCCGUCUGACGGGCGCGGCUUCGGCAUCGGCGAGCUGGUGUGGGGCAAGCUGCGCGGCUUCUCCUGGUGGCCCGGCCGCAUCGUGUCCUGGUGGAUGACCGGCCGGAGCCGCGCGGCCGAGGGCACCCGCUGGGUGAUGUGGUUCGGCGACGGCAAGUUCUCGGUGGUGUGCGUGGAGAAGCUGCUGCCGCUGAGCUCCUUUGCCAGCGCCUUCCACCAGGCCACCUACAACAAGCAGCCCAUGUACCGCAAGGCCAUCUACGAGGUGCUGCAGGUGGCCAGCAGCCGGGCCGGGAAGAUCUUCCCCGCGUGCCCCGAGAACGACGAGACAGACACGUCCAAGGUGGUGGAGAUCCAGAACAAGCAGAUGAUCGAGUGGGCCCUGGGCGGCUUCCAGCCCUCCGGCCCCAAGGGGCUGGAGCCCCCCGAAGAGGAGAGGAACCCCUACAAAGAAGUUUACACGGAGAUGUGGGUGGAGCCCGAAGCAGCCGCCUACGCACCACCCCCACCCGCCAAAAAACCCCGGAAAAGCACAACCCAGGAGAAGCCCAAGGUCAAGGAGAUCAUCGACGAGCGCACGCGAGAGCGGCUGGUGUACGAGGUCCGGCAGAAGUGCAGGAACAUCGAAGACAUCUGCAUCUCCUGUGGGAGCCUCAAUGUGACCCUGGAGCACCCUCUGUUCAUCGGGGGCAUGUGCCAAAACUGCAAGAACUGCUUUCUGGAGUGUGCAUACCAGUACGAUGACGAUGGCUACCAGUCCUACUGCACCAUCUGCUGCGGCGGCCGCGAGGUGCUCAUGUGUGGCAACAACAACUGCUGCAGGUGCUUCUGUGUGGAGUGCGUGGACCUGCUGGUGGGCCCGGGGGCGGCACAGGCGGCCAUCAAGGAGGACCCCUGGAACUGCUACAUGUGCGGCCACAAGGGCGUCUACGGGCUGCUGCGGCGGCGGGAGGACUGGCCCUCGCGCCUCCAGAUGUUCUUCGCCAACAACCACGACCAGGAGUUUGACCCACCCAAGGUGUACCCGCCCGUGCCAGCUGAGAAGAGGAAGCCCAUCCGGGUGCUCUCGCUCUUUGAUGGCAUCGCCACAGGCUUGCUGGUGCUGAAGGACCUGGGCAUCCAGGUGGACAGGUACAUUGCCUCUGAGGUGUGUGAGGACUCCAUCACCGUGGGCAUGGUGAGGCACCAGGGCAAGAUCAUGUACGUCGGGGACGUCCGCAAUGUCACCCAGAAACACAUACAGGAGUGGGGCCCCUUUGACCUGGUGAUUGGGGGGAGCCCCUGCAACGACCUGUCCAUCGUCAACCCGGCCAGGAAGGGUCUCUACGAGGGCACUGGGCGCCUCUUCUUCGAGUUCUACCGCCUGCUCCACGAAGCCCGGCCCAAGGAGGGUGACGACCGGCCCUUCUUCUGGCUCUUUGAGAACGUGGUGGCCAUGGGGGUGAGCGACAAGAGGGACAUCUCGCGCUUCCUGGAGUCCAAUCCCGUCAUGAUUGAUGCCAAAGAAGUGUCUGCAGCGCACCGGGCACGGUACUUCUGGGGGAACCUGCCCGGCAUGAACAGGCCGCUCGCAUCCACCGUCAACGAUAAGCUGGAGCUGCAGGAGUGCCUGGAGCACGGCAGGAUAGCAAAGUUCAGCAAAGUGCGAACCAUCACCACUCGCUCCAACUCCAUCAAGCAGGGCAAGGACCAGCACUUCCCCGUGUUCAUGAACGAGAAGGAGGACAUCCUGUGGUGCACGGAGAUGGAGAGGGUCUUCGGCUUCCCCGUGCACUACACGGACGUGUCCAACAUGAGCCGCCUGGCCCGGCAGAGACUGCUCGGCAGGUCCUGGAGCGUGCCGGUGAUCCGCCACCUCUUCGCGCCCCUGAAGGAAUACUUUGCCUGCGUCUAGAGAUGGGCAGGGACUGGUCACACGGAGCGAGUCGGAAACAAACCCAUCCACGCCAAGAGAAGUGAACACACGGAAUGAGAGAAGAGUCAGCACCCAGAAGAGACGGGAUUUCGCAGCCCGACGGGAACCCAGCACACGUCUCCCCGAGCGAAAGGGGUCGGUGUCCUCUCCAGAAUUUCCCAGGAUCAGCUUUAGCUAUUUAAAAACAAACAAAAACCACAAGAAGCAAACAAACAAGAAGCCGGCGAAAGCAAACAAAGGAUGACGAAACAGAAGAAGAAAAAAAAAAAAAAGAGAAAAAGAAAAGAAACCAAAACCAUUUUUUUUUUUGGGUAACCUU